UUAGAAGAGGGGUAUUUGUGGUCAGGCUUCCAUUUUUCGUGCCGGUCCACCAUAACGCUGUCUUGCGGUCCAUGUCGUAUUUGCUGCCCAGCCGACAGGGCCCUCCAUAUCUGGGUGGGCCUGGGCAGCACUCACGGGGCGGGGCCAAGUUCGGAGAAGGGGAGCGCAGUCCCCGUGGAGCGGGCGCGGCGUAGCAGGGCGGAAUGGGCGUGGCCUCGAGGAGCCCCGCCCCGUCCCGCUUAGACAAUGCCCCGGAGCCGCCAGACAGUCGCGCCCCCGCCCCACCGUAGUUCUUGAGCUCGCCUUACCCAGGGACCCUUCAAAAGCCAAGAGCUCCAGCCCCCGAGGCUUGAAGACUAGGACUCCCUUCUCUAACCAACUCUGUCCUCAGGGGGGUGGGGCCCCAGCCAAGAACACAGGAGCGCUGGAGUCUGGGUGGCCGCUAGAGGUAAGUCUAGGGGUUGGAGAUGUCCCCCGGACCGUGUGCGGGCCAGAGUUUGAGGUUGCCGGGCCCGUGCCCGAUACCCGACAGAGUGCAGGAGGCCGAAAUUUGGGUGCGGAGCUGAGCUGGGUAGACUUUGGGGGAGAUGGACGGGGAGACGGUCCUGGAGCCGGGAGUGGUGCCCGCUCCCUGGGACCACGCCCCCGGUUUCCCCGCCCCUUGGAUUUCGUUUUAGACCUCUCCCAGUCCUCCGGGACUCGGUCUGGUUUCUACUGGGUCGUGCUAGGGGUAGCAGGACCGGCAGGGGUGGAGAGAAGAUAUUUAACUCCUUAGGCUCUAAUUCCUCCCUCGUUGCCCCUCUCUCCCUUUCUUGUUGGGCAUUCAGGACUUCCAUCUCCCAGGCCCUAUCUCCCCAGCUGUCUCCUCCUGUCCCAUAACCCCUUUGGGUCCCUUGCCUCACUUCGGGUCCCUAUGGCAGCGAGCAGCUGAGGGUUAAGGGGGCGGGACCGUUGCAUUUUUAGGGAGUGAGCGCAUCCUAGCGGCUGCCAAGAGGGGCGCCUAGCAGGGACCUCGCGAAGCCCCCGAACAGGGGCAACAGGUGUUUUAGAGAUUAGGGGUCCCGGUCUUGUUCCUCGGACUCCCUCCAAAGAAGCAGACCCCGAAGGGUGCGGGGUGGAAUGGAGUUGGCGGGAGGGGAACGUCUGGAGGGGGUGGGGCGAAGUGGGAGGGGCGCCCGGAGAUGGCAGAAGGAAGACCCGGGCGCUCUUAACCACCCCCUACGCCCUUCUGUGCAUGUCUCUUUCUUUGCCCUCCUCCCUUUCUGUCUCUUCUCCCAGACAGGUGAAGUAAAAAGAGAAAACUAAGAAAUCAGCGCGGCCGGAGGGGGAGACUGUGUGGAUGGGAUGGGGACGCCGGGGGAGGGGCUGGGCCGCUGCUCCCAUGCCCUGAUCCGGGGGGUCCCAGAGAGCCUGGCUUCGGGGGAGGGUGCGGGAGCUGGCCUCCCGGCUCUGGACCUGGCUAAAGCCCAGAGGGAGCACGGGGUACUGGGGGGUAAACUGAGGCAGCGAUUGGGGCUGCAGCUGCUAGAACUGCCUCCUGAAGAGUCGCUGCCGCUGGGACCGCUUCUCGGUGACACAGCCGUGAUCCAAGGGGACACGGCCCUAAUCACGCGGCCCUGGAGCCCCGCCCGCAGGCCGGAGGUCGAUGGAGUCCGCAAAGCCCUUCAGGACCUUGGGCUCCGGAUCGUGGAGAUGGGAGACGAGAACGCGACGCUGGAUGGCACUGAUGUUCUCUUUACCGGCCGGGAGUUUUUCGUAGGCCUCUCCAAGUGGACCAAUCACCGAGGAGCUGAGAUCGUGGCGGACACGUUUCGGGACUUCGCUGUCUCCACAGUGCCAGUCUCCAGCCCCUCCCACCUGCGCGGCCUCUGCGGCAUGGGGGGACCCCGCACUGUGGUAGCGGGUAGCAGCGAAGCCGCCCAAAAGGCUGUCAGGGCGAUGGCAGUGUUGACGGACCACCCCUAUGCGUCCCUGACGCUCCCAGAUGACGCAGCUGCUGACUGUCUCUUUCUGCGUCCUGGGUUGCCUGGUGUGCCCCCUUUUCUCCUGCACCGUGGAGGCGGGGACCUGCCUAAUAGCCAGGAGGCACUGCAGAAGCUCUCUGAUGUCACGCUGGUACCUGUGUCCUGCUCAGAACUGGAGAAGGCAGGCGCUGGGCUCAGCUCCCUCUGCCUGGUGCUCAGCACACGCCCCCACAGCUGAGGGCCUGGCCUUGGGGUCCUGGCUGGCCAGGGGUAGGGCAGCAUAGGGAUUAGAAGGGGAAGGAGGCUUAGAUAGAGGACAGUGAAUAGGUAGUAGUGGGGAGAGGGCCCCAAGAUGGGGGGGGGGGAGGGCUUAGUGUGGGAAAAAGGAUAGAGUCCACUGGGUGAGUCAUCUUCCUCAGAGAUAAUAAACAGAACCGACCUUUUAGA